AUGGCCGCCACAGCUCCUUGUGCAAAUAGUCCGCGUCUCAAUCCUCAAUUCGCAAGAACUGCCGCCAACGGGCGGACAUCUGAAUUAAAGACCGGUAUUCUACAACUCAUCUGUGCAAGUCCUUUCGCCGGAUUGGACCAUGAAGAUCCAUACACUCAUCUGACUCGAUUCUACGAGCUAGCAGAAAAAUUCUUGGAACAGUUUUACUCUCAAAACCGAUUCUUUGAUGCUAAAACAACAAUUGCGGUAUUCUCUCAAGGUAGUAAUGAAUCACUAAAUGAAGCGUGGGAAAGAUUUAAAGCCAUGCUGAGAAAAUGUAAGGGGCACGGAUUUGCGGAGGUCGAUCAAAUUCACAUGUUCCGCAACGGUCUUACACCUACUAAUAAGACACUAUUGGAUGCCACAGCUGGUGGUUCGUUAAUGUCCAAGACAACUGCUGAAGCAAUUGAGAUAAUCGAGAGAAUGGCUUUGAAUGACCGACAAAGCAAUCAUGAUCGUACUGUCAGAGAUAAGAAGCCGGGGUUGUUGGAGUUAACUAAUAGUGAUGCUCUACUUGCUCAGAAUAAACUACUCACUUCACAAGUGGAGCUUCUGACACAACAAAUGUCCAAACUUCCACAACAAAUCAAAGAGCUUAAUGGUGUUUCAAAUUCACACCAAGUUGCUAAGUGUGAAUUAUGCAAGGGAGAUAAUCAAACUGGAUUUUGCCCACCAGUCUUGGCAGAAGAAGUGAAUUAUAUGAACAACAACCAAGGACCGAGGAAAAAUAAAUACCCAAACCCUCUGGCUUAUCAACAAAAUUAUCCUCCGAGGAAUAAUAAUCAAGGUCAGAAAAAUCAGGAAGCAGCAAUUAAGAAUCUGGAAACUCAAGUCGGGCAACUGGCUAAACAAAUUGCAGCUAAUCAGUCAAAUGCGACAUUCUCAGCCAACACUCAAGAAAAUCCUAAAGAGCAUUGUAAAGCAGUUGUGACUAGAACUGGUCAGAAAGGCGGUGAGAAGGAAGUUGAAAUUAAUGGUACCGAGAAAGAAGAUGACAAUCGUGCUGCGGAAGAGGAGGAAAAUGAAGUCAUAGUAAGUAACAUGAAUGAAAAUACUGAAGGAGAAAUAGAUGAGACCAAGAAGGGAAGAGAAGGGAUAGAGAAAAGAAAAAGUACUAAGAAAAAGAUGUCAGAGAAUGUGAUACCAAGUCAACAUCUACCAUACCCUCACGCUCCAUCAAAGAAGGACAAUGCCAGGCAAUACUCCAGGUUUAUGAGCAUUUUUAACCAACUCCACAUAAACAUCCCUUUCGCUGAAGCAUUAGAGCAAAUGCCCAAAUAUGCUAAAUUCAUGAUGAGCAUGCUCACAAAGAAAAAGAAUUACACAGAUGAAGAAACUGUGGUGCUUGAUGCCCAAUGUAAUGCUGUAAUCCAAAGAACUACUCCAAGAAAGGAAUCCGAUCCGAGACGAGUGACCUUACCAUUAAACAUCGGAGGUAAUUUCAAUAGGGAUGGGUUAAUCGAUCUGGGGUCUAGCAUCAAUUUAAUCCCUUUAUCCAUUGUCAAGAAACUAGGGAAUAUUGUGAUGACGCCUACUAGUAUGACACUACAAUUAGCCGACAAGUCUAUUACUUCACCCUAUGGAGUGAUUCAAGAUCUGCUAGUUAAAAUGCAACCAGCCAAGAGAGGUAGCACAAAAUCAACAAGUACCGGUCCUCGUGGUGCCCAUCCUCGGGAACCCCUCUCUAAACGAUUCUUAGGAACUGCACAGAAGGAGAGGUUCGCUCAAUUAACCUCUCGCACCAUUCUCCCAGAGAAGCUGAUUGUCCCGAAGGACGAUAGCGAGUACAACACGCUCUGGAGUUACUUUGAACACCGGAAUUGGGACCGCGUGUUUGAGCCAUAUACUGAAAUUAAUAUGGACAUAGUGAGGGAAUUCUAUGCCAAUGCCAUCAAGCUUACCCCCAGAAAGUGUAACAUAUAA